AUGGAAUCACCACAGGUCCUCGUUCUUGGAUGUUUCGACGACCUACCAAACGCGGGAUUGAAAACGGACCAAAAAGUAUUGGCUACGCUUCAGAUCCCAUGCCAAGUCAUUUCCUCGGGCUUGAAUUCUAAGCGUUGCCAUGCUCAGACAGAACCGAAGGCGCUCCUCGCCGAGCUUCGAUCUGCUCUCCAAAACAGCGACUGCAAUGUUGUCAAGAUUGGCGCCAUGCCGUCCAUUGCCUCUGUUCAGGCCAUAUCUGACAUCUGGAGGCAAUGGCCAAGGAUGGCAUGCGUUCUCGAUAUGGAGCCCUUCUUGAAAACGGGACAGGAAAUACCAAACGGAGUGCUUGUGGCGCUCAUAGAGCAUGUUCUGCCAUCCAUCACCAUUCUUUCCGCCACUGUUGGCGAAGUCAUGGCCCUGUUGGAAGGGGCGUCCAUUGAAGCCGGUUUUCCGACCGGCAUACAAGGCAUCGUGGCACUGGGGAAAAAGUUGCAGAGCCUCGGGCCCAGGUAUGUCAUUGUGAAGAGAGAGAUUUUGACGAGCCCGAGCAGACGACUGCACUCCAUUUCGUGCUCUGCGGCGCUGGGGAACCCGUCGUGGAGCGAUUGCGUUGUGAGAAUUCGAAAGGCGUCUUGGGCAUGA